AUGAACAAAAAAUCUUGGAGGUCAAUAUUGAAUAUUCGGCAAAAAGACAUAGAAAAAGGAAAUAGUCCUCCUCUCCCUCUUGAUACAGAAUAUAUCGUCAAAUGGGCACCGGAUGACCCUCUAAACCCCCAAAAUUGGUCCAAUCGAUACAGAUGGUGGGUUACUUUCCAACUCGGGCUGUUGGCAUUAGUCGGUAGUCUCGGCUCUAGCAUUCUCACGCCAGCCGAUGACACUAUUGCGGCAUAUAUUGGGGUCAGCAAUGAGGUUUCCGUUCUGAGUCUCUCUCUUUACGUUGUUGGCUUUGUGCUCGGUCCCAUCGUUUGGGCUCCUAUUUCCGAGAUUUGGGGUCGCAGAAUCAGCAUCUUGCCCGCCGUCUUCCUCCAGGCUAUUUUCUGUAUUGCGACUGGACGUAGCAAGAAUGCAGCUUCGGUAUUUGUCACGCGUUUCUUUGCGGGAUUCUUUGGCUCUGCACCAAUCAGUAAUGUGACUGCUGCUCUGGGUGAUAUGUGGAGCAAGGAAACCCGGGGGACUGCGGUAAGUCUGUAUGCUGUAGCAGUCAACGGUGGCCCGGCUUUGGGCCCUAUCAUUGGUGCUGCGCUUGUGUUGAAUGAUGAUUUGGGCUGGCGAUGGGCUGCGUACAUACAAGCUAUUUGGGGCUUUGUCGUCUUCACGCUCACCUUCUUUUGUCUGCCAGAGGUGUUUCCUUUGGUCUUACUCAAACGAAAGGCGCAACAGAUUCGAAAGGAGACAAAUGAUCCGAGAUACUAUCAUCCUCAUGAGCAUAUGCAACUCGACUUCCAUUCAAUACUCACCAAACAACUGGCUCGCCCGCUGAGGAUGCUAGUCACUGAGCCUAUAGUCACUUGUAUUGCAUUCUAUGCCGCGUUUGUCUACGGAGUCAUGUAUCUGGCCCUCGAGUUGUUCCCGAUUGUGUUCGAAAAAGAACGUGGGUGGAACCCUGUGAUUGGCUCUCUACCAUUCCUCGGCCUUUUGAUUGGUGUUGUAUCCUCCGUGGGCCUAAAUAUCUGGAACCAGUAUCGCUACAACCGAAUCUCGCGCGCAGCGAACGGGGCUACUGUUCCAGAAGCACGACUUCCGCCCAUGGCAUUCGGUGCAGUCUUCAUGGUCGUGGGACUCUUCUGGUUCGGUUGGACAGCAGAACCUCCCCAUCACUGGAUCUUGCCUUGUCUAGCGGCAGUCUUUAUUGGAAUAGGGUUUAAUUGCAUCUUCCAGCAGUGCCUUAAUUUCCUGAUUGAUGUGUAUAGAAUUUAUGCGGCUAGUGCCACGGCAGCAGUCACUUUUCUGCGCAGUUUAAUGGCUGCUGGUCUUCCACUGGCUGCAAUGCCGAUGGACGUAAUGGCUCGCGUGUGUGCCGGUUGCGGCCGCAACCUCCCUCAGUCAUCAUACACAGAGUACCAAUACUCCAAGGGCCCUGGCCUCUCUCGUUGUGCAAACUGUGUCCACCAUCGCGAUUCUUACACCCUUUUUGCCGUGCAAUCCAAUAGUGGUCGGUAUAACCAAUCCGAACUUUCUAUGUUCAAGAAUAGACAUCUUAAACACCCUUUUGGACGAGGUGCUUUCCGAUGGGUGGCCAAGGGACACUAUGUUUCAGGGCCUCGUCAGGGUCAGCGAUGUGUUGCGAAAUGGUUCAAGACUGGUGCAGUAUUCUCUGACGACUUUUUCACUCUCGAUAUCAAGGCUGUUGACAAGGCCUUGGAGAUAGUCGAGCGGUUCAAUCGGCUCAAUAUGAUCAACAACGUCAUCAAAAUCAAUAUACCCGCAGUAUGGCGCUUUGACGACGAUUCUGAGGGAAACUGGGCAGGCCAAAUGGCUCUAUGUGAGCCUUACAUCCACAGCUAUCAGAAGUGGAACAGCAACAGUGGGUGGAAAAACGAUUCCACAUCUUGGGGAAAAGUUAUGCAAGCCCUUAGUCAUUUUAGCUUCCACAUCUCUGAUGGACAUUACGUCCUGUGUGAUCUUCAAGGUGGUAUACAUCAAAACGAAGCUGUCCUCUCUGACCCUGUCAUCCUAUCUAUAACCCGCGAGUAUGGCGUCACUGAUCUUGGUGUUAAAGCGCCCGGUACAACUAUGAUUCCGAAGCAUACCGAUAUUCUUCCCUCAACACAUGUUAACACAAGGAACAAAUACAAAGCACUUCCUGGCAUCGACUCCAACGGGGAUGCUAUAAGCAAUGCCGACUCCGAGGUUCUGUUGACCAAGUACGGCAAUGCAACCAAUCCCACAAAUACCAAUUACACCACUGCAGCCGGCUACCCUGUCUACGAGUACUAUGUAAAGUCGUCGAUAGGUCCACAGGCCAACAUGAUAAGCUCUGGAGAUGCGCUUUUCGACAGCUUUGAGACUAUUGGUGCUGACGGAACGGUCCGCAUUCUGGCUGGCUCGCGCACCGUCACGGGGAAUUGA